AUGUUCAUCCCUGAAUCACCAAUCUUGAUACGAACUCGGUCAGAGGAGCGGCGCCCACGAGGCCGACUCCAAGAGUCGCAUCCAAUGUCAAUCAUACCCCAGCUAGGACGAAGGGCAGAGUCUGAAGGGCCACGGCCACGAGGAAGAACGCGCUGGUCGCAACGCGCGCAAGUCUAUGGCGAUACUCUGGGGAUGUGGCUGGACAUGCGUCUGCCCACGCCCAUGGCAAGCGACACAAGGAACUUCGACAGGUUUGUACGAUACAUGACCAUGGGCACUGCCCUGCUCGAGGUCUGGAACGCCAGACAGGCGUCCAAGUCGGAGAUCGAGAAGCUGGGACACGCCUUGAAGUGGAUCGACGAUUGCCGCCAGUUUCACCGCUGGGAGGUGCAGGCGCGACCCUAUAUCUGGCUCUUCGGCUCGGCGGAGCACAUUAUGCUGCUCAAUCACUUCGAUGAGACGUGGCAGCAGUUCGACAUGGAGAUGGAGACCGCCCUUGAGAUAGGCCUGCAAGAGCUGAAGCCGGCCGAGGUUGCCCUUACAGAGUCUAUCGAGAAGCUGCAAGCGCUGAAGGCGACCAUUCAAAAGGCGUCAAAGGGUCUCUUACAGUAUCUGGAGAAUGACGUAUUUGUUAUGGAUGAGCUGACCACCGAUGUUGGUGGAAUGGUUCUCCAGGGACCAGAUGGAAUGGUUCUCCCGGGGCCAGAUCUAAGCGCCACCAACUGA